AUGCCUUCUUCUUUCACAGAACCGCUGCCCAUCGAGUUGGGCAUCCAUGGCAUGCUCGAGUAUCUGGUGGAAAACGCAGCUCAUGAGCAUUGUGUAGUCGGCGCCCUCAAAUGGUUCGCCGAUAAUGUGUGCUGCGACUUCAACCGCCCUCCAGCGGUUCUAGCAUUGCAUGUGUAUCAUGCUUUGGCACUGCACGCCGAAAGCCCCGAUCUCGUAAUUGCCUGCCUGCGCAUCCUCGGCCAUGCAACUAUGACCAAUCAGAUCGCCAUAAGUUUGGGUACUGACAAAGAAGUGAGUAAUUCGGCCGGACGCAAU